GGUUCCAAAAUUAUGCGAUCUCCUGAUUGCAUGCCAUGGCAGGGGAGGAGGGAGGGAGAAGAGAGGAUGCAUGAGGAACCAAGCAUAUCAGGAGGGAAAGUGUUCGCAUCAGCGCAGAUAGUCGAGCCAAAGUUCAUGUUGACGCCAACGUCAAUUGCAAUAUCUUCGCUGGCUCGAACUGCUGGAAUUCCCUUGUCCUUUCGACCGCCGGAGAUCGUCCAGGUGACGCCAUCAUCGUCCCUUGGUUCUUCGUGUGCUCUGCACCCCUGCCUCGUCACUGGAAGUCCGCCCGCCGGUAGUCGACUAGGAGAUGAUGAUGGAGGGGUCGGGGCCAUCCAAAUGGGAGCGAAGGGAAGUAAUCCUCCGCCUCGCGACACUAAAGAGGAGGAUAUUGAGAAGGAAGGAGGGGGAUUGAUGGGGGAAGACCAUGCAAAGGAGUCGAGCGACGAAGUGAUGGCAGAAGAGGCGGCUGGCGAAGACUCGAUAGUCCAGGGGGAAUUCAAGGUGGGGGAGGGGACGAAAACGGAGGUAAUCAAAGGGGCGGCGGAAGAGGGGACGAGGACGGUACGUCCGGGCCCGGAGGAGGACGGGGACGAAGCGCGGAGGGAGCGGAAGCGGAGGGAGAUGGUGAGCGAGAGCGGCGACGCCGGCGGGAGGUUGCUGCGCCAUCGUGCCGACUAGCGGCGUCUAAGGAGACGGCGGGAUUCAAGGCGGAUCCUCCUUGAGCGAAGGGCGGUGCUCGUGCUGGUGAGGCUUCUAGGGGCUCGGGCGCCGAUGCCUCUCCUUCUUCCUUUGACGUCGACCGCGCUUCUGGUUCCUCUUCCUCCGAUAGUCCGGCGAUGGCUAUGCGACCCGGAUCGUCGUCUGAUGGCAACUCCCAGUUCUCUUGAUGUGCCUACCAAAACUCGUUGAAGUCGGAGUUGUCUGGUGCAAGCUCGUCCAGGUCCAGGUAACACCAAG